CAGGUGGUGUUGAAGAUCAUUAAGCACUACCAGGAGGAGGGCCAGGGCAGUGAGGUGGUUCAGGGUGUUCUGCUUGGCCUGGUGGUUGAAGACCGUCUGGAGAUCACGAACUGCUUCCCCUUCCCCCAGCACACCGAAGAUGAUGUCGACUUCGAUGAAGUUCAAUACCAGAUGGAGAUGAUGAGGAGUCUCCGGCAUGUGAACAUCGACCAUCUCCACGUCGGCUGGUAUCAGUCUACGUACUACGGCUCUUUUGUCAGCCGAGCCCUGCUGGACUCGCAGUUCAGCUACCAGCAUGCAAUCGAAGAGUCUGUGGUGCUUAUUUAUGAUCCCAUCAAGACCGCGCAAGGCUCUCUCUGCCUGAAGGCCUACAGGUUGACCCCCAAACUAAUGGAGAUCUGCAAGGAGAAAGACUUCUCUCCGGAGGGGCUGAAGAAGGCUUGCAUUGGCUACGAGCACAUGUUCGAGGAAGUCCCCAUCGUCAUCAAGAACUCUCAUCUCAUAAACGUGCUCCUGUUGGAUCUGCAAGAGAAGAGUACGGUGGCUGACAAGCACGAGCUGCUCAAUCUGUCAAGCAGUAACCACCUGGAAAAGAGCCUUCAGCUGCUGAUGGACCGCAUGGACGACAUGAGCCAAGAUAUCGGCAAGUACAAUACGUACUGCCGCAACCUCAGCAAACAGCAGCAGCAGAAGCAGCAGUAUCUCCAAAGGAGGCAGCAGGAAAAUGCCCAGCGGCAGAGUCGUGGAGAGCCUCCAUUACCGGAAGAAGACAUCAGUAAGAUGUUCAAACCUCCGCAGGCGCCUGCACGCAUGGACACGCUCCUCAUCGCAGGUACCCGGGGGGUCAACGGUCGCCGUUCACCCUCAAUUAAACGCCUUUUUCUUCCAGCAUAUUCUACAGGGCAUUGGAAAUUUAUAGUCCUCUGCCUAAAAGAAUCGAUCCAUGAAUUGAUCAAUUCAGCAAUGAAUGGAUCCGUUUAAAUGGGAAUGGGAAUA